CCGUAGCUCCCGCACCUGACCCAAGCACUCACACACUUCAACCCCUCGACGGCAUCCAUCACCAUGGCACCACAGCGUCCUUUGCUCGGACAAAGUGGUCAGAUGAGGGCCAUUUCGAGGGCUGCGACCCGACGAGCAGCCCAAUCAUGCCCGAAAUGCACCGUGGCUGCGUCGCCAGCUCGACCGACCCUCCUUGCGCGCAAAACGAUGCCGUCCUCGAGAUACGAGAGCACAUCGAAAGACGCGCGACUGGAGCUUCAGAAUGCAUUGAACCAGCUCAAUAAGCAUCUACCCAAUGCCAUGAACCUAUCCAGACUUCAAUUGGCGUUGCAGGGUCUCCAAAAGCCCGCGGGGCAAGAGAUUAUCCGCAUCGCUGUGCUGGGCCUAGGCGACACCACAAUCGUUGCCCGCAAGCUUCUCCGAGCCAUUCUUUCAGAUCCUCUUACCGAUGAGCAGCCCUGGGAGACACAAUUGGAUGGUUACGACCCCAAUGUACCGCUCGUGGUGCGUGUCGGACCGACUGGCUCCUACGGUUCAACUCUCGAAUUCGCGCGCCACAACCCUGUCGAAGAGCUUCACAUUUCAUCGCCACAGUUCAACAACUUGAAUCUCGAAUUCCUCGUCUUGAACGUAAACGCCGUCGCAUCACCUUCACAAGCCGGAGCCGACUCAGCAGUGGAAGAAGCUAUCCUCGUCCCGUCUGUCGAUAUCGCCUCAGCCCAGGACCGCGUCUCGCCCAUGACUACGCCCGUUCAUCAAGCUAUUGUUGUUGGCGAGAAUUUUGGAGGCGCAGUCCAGCUCGCCAAUCUACCAAUCGAACAUCUCAGUCAAUCGAUAAUUGGUGCAGUGGAUAUGCCCAAAAUUACCACAGACCAACUACACGGCCACUUCAAGGUGGUGGAUGUGACACAGGCGCAAGAGGCUGUCCGGCUAUUCCGCCAAGGGCCUCAGAAUGCCGUGCAAUAUGAAAAGCUCUGGUUUGCUAGCAAUCUCCCAGCUAUUACAACAUGGCUGCGACAGAGCUCCGCCAGCCCAGACCGCCAAACCAAGCCCGCCAUGAAGCACCUUCUCACAUCACUGGUAGAGAGUGCAAACGCGUCUGUGAAGGAACAAGAAGCGGAACUUGAGGCCAUGAUUGACGCUCCCAAGAUGAGCGAUGCCGUCACAGCAGCCAUGGAAGCCGGCCUAUCAGACUGGUCCCGCGCAGCCCACGCUGAGCUUCAAAGCGAGAUGGACAAGGCUUUCGCUGGCCGCAGAUGGCGCAAGCUUGGAUGGUGGAAACUCUUCUGGAGGGUAGAUGACGUUGGAAUGCUCACAAAUGAUAUCCUAAGCCAGCGCUUCUUACCCACGUCGGAGAACAACCUCAUACAUCUCGCCGGACGUAUCGCUGAGCAGCGAGGCAGCGUCCCGCUCUAUAGCCAGCCAGUCUCCGAGACAUCUCAAAGCUCCAAGGAACCUACCGACCGUGCUCUAGCACCGCUUGCGCCGAAAAGCCUGCCUAGAUGGCCCGGCCAUAUUGGCUUUACGCGCAGAUAUCUGAAGGACGAAACCAUUCCCGCGCUGCAAGCUCUAGCCCAGAGACUGGUUGUCCAAUCCCUUGGCACCUCGACCAUAUCAGCUACGCUUGCAGGACUGCUGUAUGUUUCGUCCUUUUCCACCACCUUCUACGAGGUUGGAGCUGUUGCAGCGCUGGGUAUCGUCUACGGCCUCGGUCGCAUGCAAAAGAAGUGGGAGGCUGCGAGAGAAUACUGGGAGGGUGAAGUCCGUGAAGAAGGACGCAAGGCCGUCAGAGGCACUGAACAGAGUGUUAUCAAGGCUCUUUCAUCGGAUGCUGAGAUUCCCGAACACCUUGCCGCCGAUAUCAGCGCGGCCAAGGAGCUGGUGGAAAAGGCAAGCGAUGCUUUAUCCAAGAUGAAGUAAAGCUACGCCGCAUUGUACGAUAGAAUACUAUGUAAAAGUUAGACACAUUUUCAUGAACGCAUUCUCAUUUCUGUUCCCAUCG